GUCUUCUAUUUACGGUAAUAAAUACUUACCUCAUGAGUUGAACGGAAGAGCUAUUGCAAUUGCGCACACAUUAUCUACUCACUACAUUGUUGCCAUUUAUCAACAUCUACGGAUUGUUUAUUGCACAUUUUGUACUAUUUCCUUUACACAGAGAAUACACAUCUGUUAUUUGGGCUGGACAAGAUGGCGAGCUGCAAUUUUCAGGCGCAGUUGGUAUCCGUUAUGGAGGUAUUAGCUAAAGCAGCUGUAGCAGAAAUAAACAAACGUGUAGAUGAUAGCUGUGCAGUUAUACGUUUGGAAAUGACCCAAAGCCAGCGAGAUAUUGAUGUACUGAAAAGGAAAUGGCAAAUGAUGGAAAGCGAGCUGAAGAAGAAACGAGGACGAAAAGUUUUUUACCCCAUGGCAUCAGAGAGAUCUUCAUAUCCAGUCAAGAUUGUUUUGAACAAGCAGAGGAGUAGCUCACAGUGGAGAGACAGAGAGAUGGCUGUUGAAGAGGACUCUCAACCCCAGCCUACAGAUGUGGAGCAGAGAGAGGAUACUGAACCCAUACUGAUCAAAGAUGAGGAAACAGCAGAGGACGUGUGGAAGACUGACCCUCAGGAAGAGCUCAGGGUCACUGGAGAGGAGUCUGGUUCCAAGCCUGGGAAACCACCAUCCUUUGAACAACGGCACUGUGAUGAAGACUUCAUCACACAACCCAACAUAUCUCCCAAAGACUCCGUGGAACAUUACCCAAAUUCUGAUCGUCCAGAGGAACCAGGCACACUCCGGCUCGUUUCUACAGAGGUGUUCAGCACAGAGCAGCACCGGCCAGCCGAGGACAAGGACUCACUAGACCUAGUGAUGGUGAAGGAUGAGAAAGAGGAGGAGCUGGAUCAGACCACGGCCCUGGCAGGACCUGACCAGUUUGUUAUGGAUGAGACUGAUGGGCAGCUGUGGACCUCUGUGGAUCCAGGCAGAGACGCUGACCCUGAUGGCCACCCAGAUUUCUCCUUUCAUUCCACAGAAGAGUACUCUCAGAAUAUCUCAAUUUUCCCAUCUCAUAGUGGGCUGCCAUCCAUUCCUACUAUGACAGAUGAUGUGGGGCCAUCGCUUCACUCUUCUAUAUGGAAACCACAUGCUAACCUGUUCAGUGCAGGAUCACACAUGACAAGACAUGUCAGGACAUUGACUGAUGAGACUAGACAACAGAUGCCAGAGGGAGAGAGCAGCGAGAGGCUGAACUCAAAUAAUGAAGGAAAUAGUUCAGCUCUACAGCCAAGGCAGCAUCAAUACGGGGCUUCAGAAUCAACAGUGAGAAUGAGUGAAUGCAUGACAGGGUCAAACAUGGCCACCACCUCCACCUUCUCUGGAUACAGCCUGAGUCGCAGUAGUUUUAACAUGGUGAAGAGAAUGAGGACUCAGUGGAGGUCGGGCGGCACCACCGAGAGGCGUUUCAGCUGCACCUUCUGUGGGAAGAGCUUCCAGCGUUUCUGCCAGCUCAAAGUACACCUCCGGAGUCACACCGGCGAGAAACCGUACAGUUGUGAAGAGUGUGGCAGGAGUUUCACCAAGCAGUGCAACCUGAUCAGACAUGCUGUGGUCCACAGCGGGGAGAAACCCUAUCAGUGCACACAGUGUGGGAAAUGCUUCACCCAGCGCUCCAACAUGACGUCACAUCAGAGAACUCACAUAGGAGAGAGUCCAGUGUCUCAAUAUGUGGUACCCGCAUACCCUGGGGAUCCACACACAAGUUUAAUGUAGUCUCAGAACAGAUAGAACAAAUAGGAGCAUAAUUGCAUUAUUUUCCGUUAACACUUUCUAUGUAAAUUCAGGUCCAGAAGGUAUUUUGAGACAUUUUGACACACUUUUUCUCCUAAUUGAUUUGUGAAAUGGUUUUCAUGUUUGACUGUUAACGGAUCCUCACUUUUUUAAAUAACCUAUUUAUUUACAACUGGUAACAUUGUGUAUUUCUACCACAAAAUCAUAAAAACCAUGUUAUAUUCAAUAAAAUGUAUUUCAUGAAAGAGUCAAUCUGCGCUUUUAGAUCAAUAAUAUAUAGGAGCCAUUUAGUAUGUGUUGUCUAGUUAGUGUUUGACUAUCUGGGAUGUCACAUCUUGCCACAAGGGACAGUCAUAUCAGGUCAGGUUGAUAACUCAAUUCAACUUGAUUUUCAGAGUUCGAUUUUGAAGUUACUCUGCUGCCUUAAAAUAUUAAGUUACUCUAUGUCAUCUCAAAACUAGGCAAUCAAAUAUUUGUUUCAGUGCAAUAAGCUAUACAUGUUCAUACAACUUUACAUUUUACAUCUGGAAACUACACUUUUACUGUGUACAUUGUCUAAACUGACACCACUGGGACUGUAAAUCUGGUCAAGGAUCAUUAGAUACUGUAGAUGGCUAAAUAGAUAAGAGAAAUAGAUUAUGAUUGGUCGUUUCUAUGAUUUACUGGUUCAUUGAUUUGCCAAUCAACAGGGAUGGAGAUAAUGGGGAAGAAUUACAGAAAGAGAACGUGAGAGAGAAAGAGAGAGCAGGAAGUCAACGGGAAGUUUAGUGAUUUUUUUUCAUCGCUUGCUUUUGCCUGUGUAGAGUCAAGGUCUUACAUCUCCUUACUCUUUCUUAUUCUUGUUCUUACCUCAGUCAUCCCGAAACAUGAGAGGAGUAACAGUGACAGUGUGUUAGGGGUGGGAUGGUAGGGGUCAGGGGGAUGAAGAGGUGGAGUCAGGCUCAGGCGUCAUGUUCUACGACGGGCCUGCAGUCACAACGACGUACAAUUCAACUGACUUCCGCUGCAGUGAGAGGGCCACAAUGGCUGCGAGAGGCAGGGAGGAGAAGGCCUUUAUCGGUCACAGAGAACAGCCAGAGCUGUGGUUAGGGGUGUCAGGGUGUCCAUCAGCAUAAUCAUACACAUUGUGAUACAUAUUUUGAAUCAUAUGUAAACAAGUUGUUAUAUGAAUAAUUUAUUAACUGCACUGUUAUUCUGUGUCCUG